AGCCCUCAUGAGGUGAUGUUGCAUCUGCUGCGCCCUCCUCUUCAGAGGACUCUUUUCUGUCUAAGAUGGAGGUGUCCAAGCUCCUUCUACUCCACCAAACCUCACUCACUCCAGGGCGAAGACUCAAAAGAGACCCGCCUGAACCCCCUUAACAUUCAGAUGCUCUCCAGAAACCUCCAUGAGCAGAUCUUCCGUGGAGUGGAGCCAGAGUACUCGGAGGAAGAUGUCCAGCGCAGCAUAAGGCAUUUGGAAAAGCACAAGCUAUGGGGGAAGGACGCGUCAAUGUUGCCAGAUGUUGAACUUAAACUUCCCCAGAUGUAUGGGAAAAACAUUGAUGAGCACUUUCGCAUCUUGGCUGAGAAGCAGAGCCUUCCCUACCUCGAGGCUGCCACCAAGUUGCUUCGGGCGGAGCUGCCGCCCGUGCCUCAGGAAUGGACCUGGGAGGUUGGUUGGACGCGUUAUGGACCUAAUGGGGAGAGUGAGAAAGUUGAUUUUCCAGAAGAGUCUGCUCUAGUGUUUGAUGUGGAGGUGUGCACAUCAGAAGGACAGUGCCCUACACUGGCAGUUGCCAUGUCUCCUACCAACUGGUACUCCUGGUGCAGUAAGCGUCUGAUUGAGGAGCGGUACUCUUGGUCAAACCACCUGAUACUUGCUGACCUCAUUCCACUAGAAACACCUUUAAACUCUGCUCGCCCUCCUGGAGGUCAGUGGAAGGAGAGGCUCAUUAUAGGCCACAAUGUGAGCUUUGACAGAUCCUAUAUAAAGGAGCAGUACCUUCUGAAGGGCUCAAAAAUGCGCUUUAUGGACACCAUGAGCCUUCAUAUGGCCAUCUCCGGGCUGACAGGGUUCCAACGCACACUGUGGAUGGCGAGUAAGCUGGGUAGAAAGAGGGGUCUUCAGGAGGUCAAGAAGCACAUUAAGAAAGCUGGACAGAAAAAGGCGGGACCCGGGACUGGCUCCUGGGACUGGGUGAACAUUAGCAGCAUUAACAAUCUGGCUGAUGUCCAUGCUUUGUACGUGGGAGGGCCACCGCUGCAGAAAGAGGCCCGAGAGAUUUUUAUAAAGGGAAGCAUGACUGAUGUCAGGAGCAACUUUCAGGAGCUGAUGCAGUAUUGUGCCUUAGAUGUUGAGGCUACACAUCAGGUCUUUACUGAGCAGCUGCCCCUCUUCAUGGAGAGGUGCCCUCAUCCGGUGACGUUCGCUGGGAUGCUGGAGAUGGGUGUUAGCUACCUUCCCGUCAAUCAGAACUGGAGCCGGUACCUGGAAGAUUCUCAGGACGUUUACAAAGAGCUCCAGAUCGAGAUGAAGAAGUCUCUGAUGACUCUAGCGGAUGAUGUGUGUCAGCUCUUGGAUGGAGACAUGUACAAAGAAGACCCCUGGCUUUGGGAUCUUGAGUGGGAUGUUCAGGAGUUUAAGCAGAAGAAAGUGGCAGCUAAAAAGAGGAAAAACUCCCAAAAAGCAGCCGAAACACAAACUGUCAUUCCUCUUCUGGACCUGGAAGAUGACCCAGACCCUCCAUCUGAAGAGGAGAUGGCAGGUCAGUGUCCCAGCAGGCUGGCUGUUGAGAAACUCAAGGAAACAGCGAUUCGACUCCCUAAGAGAAGGCAACAUCUCCCUGGACAUCCAGGGUGGUAUCGAAAGCUGUGUGAGAAGAUGUCUGAGGACAGCUGGUCGCCUGGAGCCAGCCUCAUCAGUCUUCAGAUGAGACUGACACCUAAGCUGAUGGGUCUGACGUGGGAUGGUUUCCCCCUGCAUUACACAGAGAAACAUGGGUGGGGAUAUCUGGUUCCUGGACGCAGGGAUAAUCUUCAUAACCUGGAGGAAAACACAGGACCUGUGUGCCCACAUGGAGCUAUCGAGGAUGUUUACAAGAAGUAUUGUGAGCAGAACAGCAAGGAGCAGCCCGAGUAUGUGGACUUUGGUCCUUCAGAGGACCUCAUGCUGACUGACAGCACAGUGUGGACGAAGGUAGAAGAGUUAAGCUCCUUGGAAAGUUUCCCAGAAGAAAAUGGCAUUACGACUGUAAAAAAUGAGAAAAGAAUGAAGAAGACUCAAGAUCCAUAUUUAGUCAAUGAGGAGAGCAAAUGCCAUUAUCACCAUGGAAUUGGCCCCUACAGUGAUGUAAAUAUUCCAGGCUGCUGGUUUUUCAAAUUACCUCACAAGGAUGGUCAUCACAACAACGUUGGCAGCCCUUUUUCCAAGGACUUCUUGUCUAAGAUGGAGGAUGGGACUCUAAGAGCAGGACGAGGUGGAACCAACGCAGCCCGAGCUCUGGAGAUCAACAAAAUGAUGUCCUUCUGGAGGAAUGCCCACAAACGUAUAAGCUCUCAGAUGGUGCUGUGGCUAAGGAAAGGAGAGCUUCCUCAUAAUGUCAGCAGACACAAAGACUUUGACGAAGACGGUCAGUAUGGCGCCAUAUUGCCUCAGGUUGUCACUGCAGGGACUGUAACUCGCCGAGCUGUGGAACCAACAUGGCUGACUGCCAGUAAUGCUCGGAGGGACCGGGUCGGCAGUGAGCUAAAGGCCAUGGUGCAGGUACCGCCUGGAUAUCACCUGGUAGGAGCAGACGUGGACUCUCAGGAGUUGUGGAUUGCUGCAGUGCUUGGAGAAGCCCACUUUGCUGGCAUGCAUGGUUGCACAGCAUUCGGCUGGAUGACCCUUCAGGGAAAGAAGAGUCAGGGAACGGACCUGCACAGUCGAACCGCUGACACUGUGGGCAUCAGCCGAGAGCAUGCUAAAGUGUUUAAUUAUGGACGCAUUUAUGGCGCGGGGCAGCCGUUUGCCGAGAGGCUACUGAUGCAGUUUAACCACCGCCUGGACCAGACAGAAGCUGCCAGUAAGGCCAGGCAGAUGUAUGCCUUAACAAAGGGUCUACGCAGAUAUCAACUAUCAGAAGAGGGUGAAUGGCUGGUCAAUGAACUGGAUAUAGAUGUGAAGAGAGAGGAGGGUGGAACGGUCUCACUGGAGGAGUUGCGGAAGAUCAAUAAACUGGCCUCGCAGUGCUCUCGGCGAAAAAAGUGGGAUAUUGUUGGCAAACGUGUCUGGGCUGAAGGUACGGAGUCUGAUAUGUUCAAUAAGCUGGAGAGUAUAGCUCAUUCAGCCCAACCAGCCACUCCUGUUCUGGGCUGCAGGAUCAGCAGAGCUCUGGAGCCCACAGCAGUCAGGGAUGAGUUUAUCACCAGUAGAGUGAACUGGGUGGUCCAGAGCUCUGCAGUAGACUACCUGCAUCUGAUGUUGGUGGCCAUGAAGUGGCUCUUCGAGGAGUACAACAUCAAUGGACGUUUCUGCAUCAGCAUCCACGAUGAGGUCCGGUACCUCGUCCACAGUGAAGACCGUUACAGAGCAGCAAUGGCCCUACAAAUCACAAACCUGCUUACAAGGUGUAUGUUUGCUCAUGCAUUAGGCAUGCAGGACCUUCCACAGUCAGUGGCGUUUUUCAGUGCAGUUGAUAUUGACCAGUGCUUGAGGAAGGAGGUCACCAUGGACUGUGUGACUCCAUCAAACCCCACAGGACUGGAACGACGGUACGGCUUUCAACCUGGUGAGGCCUUGGACAUCUACCAAAUCAUCGACAUCACUAAAGGCUCUCUGAACAAAGCAAAAUAACAGUUUAUGCAAGAACAACGUUCACCAGCAGCUUGGGUUUAAAGAGGGAUACCAGCUCACUGUUUUCUCUUCUUCUGUUUGGGUUCCUGUGACUCCUCCGUGUCCUGUGACUCCUCAACCUGAAAAAUGUGAAAGAAAAAACAAAAAGACAAGUUAAGAACCCUCCCACUAAAAUAAGGCCGCUCGGACUGUUCAGAAUUAGGUUCAAACUUUUAAGUACCACAAGGAGGAAACAUCUCGGUAAACUCAACCUGGAUUUGUGUGAGCUCUGUCAAAAUGAAGGAAGCAACAAAACAACUUGUGGCGUAUGAGACGUACCUCCUGACUGCCAUCUUGCUCAUGCAGCGCUGCAUCCAGGGUUGCAGCAUUGAUACGGAAAUCUCUUGAGGUGCUCAGCUUCAUGUAC